GUUGAGCACAACCAUUAAACACGUAAAUAUCUGUCUUGAUUUUGUAUUGCUCAUUUUAUCUGCAAUGUCUAAUUUGAAGGGAGACCACAUUUCUUCUGUUUCUUCCAUACCAUCUAAUGCUUUCAAUCACUGGGAUGAUACUUUUGUCCAAUCUAUCCAAACACCAUACGCGGGAUCUGAAUACCGCGAACGUGUGGAAAAAGUGGUGAAUGAAGUGAAAAUGUUGUUAAAAGAAACGCAGAGUGGAGAAAACGAUCUAAUUGAACGGCUUGAGAUGGUUGAUGCACUGCAAUGCCUCGGAAUAGAUCGAUAUUUUCAGGGCGAGAUAAAAGCAGCUCUUGAUUACGUUUACCGAGCUUGGAAUGGAAGUGUGGGGAUAGGAUUGGGAAGUGAAAGUUCUACAAUGGAUAUUAAUGCCACAAACCACAACUAUUGUCACAAUCAUGGAUGACAUUUUGUAAUCGCUCAAGGUUGGGAUGUUUCUAUUUUACAAAACAUUCCAAGCAACCUCAAGACAUGUAUUGAAUUUGUUUUCAAAAUGGUUCUUGAAUUGACAAGUUAUGUUGUGAAAAAGAAAGGGCAUGACAUAAUGCCUUUUGUUAUAAAAGCAGUGUGUAUACUUCUACAA